AUGAGCACCUUUUGCAAAUCGUCUAUUGGCCGCGACCCUACUCAUGGACUCUUCCGCCUGCCUGACAAGGCGGAGCGCGAACGUCUCCGUGGUGGCGCUCCGGUUAACCCCCUCAAGAUUUUUGUCAUGCUCAACACUAUGCAGUGGGCUUGGUUCUUGUGUGGUCUCUUUUGCUGGAUUAUGGACUCGUACGACUUCUUCUCGGUGUCGAUGAGUGUGUCCAAACUUGCCGUGAUGUACUUCCCUACGGAGAAUCAAGACGAUGCCGUAAAGAAGGUCAACUACGCAAUCAUGCUUACGCUCCUCUUCCGUUCGCUCGGAGCUGUGAUCUUUGGCCUGAUUGCCGACCGCUGUGGCCGUCGCUGGACGCUGUCUGCCAACAUGGUUAUUGUCGCUGCGCUUUCGCUCGGUACCGCUUACUGUGACACGUACUCCAAGUUCUUGGCCGUCCGCUCCAUCUUUGGUAUUGGUAUGGGUGGUAUCUGGGGUAUGUCGACUGCAACUUCUCUGGAAAACAUGCCUACGGCCGCGCGUGGUUUGUUCUCGGGUAUUCUUCAGCAAGGGUACGCCAUGGGCUAUCUGAUUGCUGCUGCCGUGAACCUCGGCUGGGCCAACAAGGCACGCAAUGGCAGGGGCGAGUGGGAGGUGCUUUUCUACCUUGGUGCUGGUCUCUCGCUCCUCGCUGCCAUUGUUCGUGCUCUUCUCCCAGAAUCGCCCAAGUUUGUGGAACAGAAGCGCUUGCGCAGUCUCCGUCCCGUGUCCAAGAACCCCAUGAAGCAAUUCUUUGUUGAAACGGGCAAGAUGCUCAAAGUCCACUGGCCGAUGUGCAUCUACGCGAUCCUGCUCAUGACUGGCUUCAACUUCUUCAGUCACUCGUCGCAAGACCUGUACCCCACGAUGCUGCAGAAGGCCAAGAUGCUGACCGCCAACCAGUCGUCGAUUGCCACGAUCAUUUCGAACUGUGGAGCGAUUACUGGUGGAAUGAUUGCGGGUUACCUUUCGCAGUACAUUGGGCGCCGUCUGGCGAUGCUCCUCUUUGUGAUUUUUGCCGGCUGCAUGAUCCCCGCGUGGAUUCUGCCCAACUCGUUCAGUGGCCUUGCGGCAGGUGGCUUCUUUGUCCAGGUCGGUGUCCAGGGUGCAUGGGGUGUUAUUCCCGUGUACCUGAGCGAGAUCUCGCCUGCUGCGUUCCGUGCCACGUUCCCCGGCUUGGCGUACCAGCUUGGUAACAUGGCCAGUUCGGCUGCGUCUACGAUCGAGACGCGCGGUGGUGAGAACAUCCGCAUUGCCGACCCCAAGCACCCUGGCAAGACGAUUGCCGACACGGCCACUGUUAGUGCCAUCCUGCUUGCCUGUGUCGUUGGCUAUCUCACUGUGCUUAUCAUCUUUGGUGUGGAGCGUCGCGGUGAUGAACUCAGCAUCGACGACGAAGUGGACGCGACAAAUGCCGAAGAGGCCAUUGCCCAGCGCGAGGGCCACGACAUUGAGGCUGCGCACGGAGCUUCUAACGCCCAUGAUGACCUGAUUAUCGACAACCAGAAGUAUGAGCAUGUGAAUGAUGCACGCUUUGGUGGUGGAAGCCCCACGAGUGAAAAGAAGCUGCAAGUGUAA